AUGGUAACCGCGGAUCCAAUUCAGACUAGUCUCGAACCAGUGGCAGCUGCACAAGACUUCAAUGUAUUUGUGCCUAUGAUGAUGAGGAAAAACGUCGAGCUGCAGUUGCAAGCCUUACAAAUGAUUGAGUUCAUGUGCGGCCUCAUCCCUUCCGUGCUUCAAAUUGAAGAAGGAGAAAGUUUCAAGAAUAAAGCUAAGGUGAUUUCACCAGAAGAGACUGAAAGAUAUGUGCUCAUAGCCGUGAUGAGGUAA